CUGUAGUGAUGACAGCCAGUUAAACUCCAGCCUUGACCGGUACCAACUGGCAGGAGAGAAGUAUAAACUGUUACCUCGGAAAAGGGAGAGAGAAACUGUCAUAAUGGUGGACAUACCCAAGUCUCGUCUCUCCAUGCCGUCGACACAGAAUAAAAACCCAGUGCCUGCCGAAGAUCCUUCCGGAAUGGAGGAACCUAGAAAAUUUGACUCUACUGGCAUGUUUCACUGGUGUCCAGACAGGCCACUCAAUGAGACGCUUUUGGACCGAAGUCAAGCGUCUGCCAGUUGUUUGCGCAAUCAUGUUGUUGUUUGUUUGUUUGCCGAUGCUACCUCUCCUCUGAUUGGGCUGCGGAACUUGGUGAUGCCCCUACGUGCCAGCAACUUCCAUUACCACGAGCUGAAGCACACAAUCAUCGUUGGAAACUUGGAGUACCUUCACAGGGAAUGGAAAACGUUACAGAACUUCCCUAAGCUGUCAAUUUUACCGGGCUCACCUUUAAAUCGUGCCAACCUCCGAGCUGUGAACAUCAAUUUGUGUGACAUGUGUGUCAUUGUGUCUGCCAAGGAUCGCAACAUGGAGGAUCCCAACCUUGUAGAUAAAGAGGCCAUUCUCUGCUCCCUCAACAUAAAGGCCAUGACCUUUGAUGACACGAUGGGUCUCAUACAGUCAUCCAGCAGCAAAACUAAUGACUCAAACGUUCAGUUCCUCGACCAAGAUGAUGAUGAUGACCCUGACACUGAGCUCUAUAUGACCCAGCCAUUUGCAUGUGGUACAGCGUUUGCUGUCAGUGUCCUGGAUUCAUUAAUGAGCACUAGCUACUUCAAUGACAAUGCCCUCACCUUGAUCAGGACCUUGAUAACUGGAGGAGCAACCCCUGAAUUAGAGCAGAUUUUGGCGGAAGGAGCUGGGAUGAGAGGAGGAUACUGCUCACCAAGCGUGCUUGCCAACAGAGACAGAUGCAGGGUGUCCCAAAUUUCUUUGUUUGACGGGCCUUUGUCACAGUUUGGGCAAGGGAGAACUUACGGAGAUUUGUUUAUUUUUGCAUUGAGAAACUUCGGAAUACUAUGCAUCGGCUUAUAUAGAUUCAGGGACACAAAUGAGUCUGUGCAAAGUCCAUCUUCUAAACGCUAUGUCAUCACAAAUCCUCCAGAAAAUUUUCCAUUAUU